ACUGGAAUUGUAAAAUUAUGUUUUGCAAUUUCCUUAGUGUUCUUGAAAAUGAGAAUUCAUAUGACAUCUUGAAUAAACACACAAUUCAGUGUAGAUUACCCUCAUCCUUAUUUCACUUGGGGUGGAACUUAUUAUGGACGGUUGCGAUUCAUGAGUUGGGUGUUUAUUGUAGGCACAGUGAAAAGGAUCUGAUGCCCACUGACAUCUGGGUUCUUUUCAUCCAUGUAAAAUGUUUGUUCUAAGAUGCUUUUACAUAGAAUCUGGUCUCACUUUCUCUGAUUCCUUUUAUAGUAUCCACUCACUGGAGAAGAGAAUACUCUUUUCCUGAAAGCAGAUUCGCCUCCACCGAGAAAGAAUAAAGCACAAGUGCACUGAGAAAUGUAAGCAUUCUGCGUUCCCUCUAUUUGCAGUGGCUAGUUUUGGUCGAGAGCUGAAGAAUGAGCUAUGGGAGACUUGCCUUAACUUUGUCCCCUCAUAAUUUGAGCCGAGGUAACCAGUAUGAAUCUGCCCAUGAUGAUGACUAUAACCAAAGCCAUUCUCACUAUUUCAUGCCUUUGCCCUUGCUCUAUCAGCCAGAAGAUGGCGGAGGCUUGUAUACUCCAUGGAGAUUAUUCGAAGAGAGGGUGAGGAGCGGACCCUAUGGCUUAGCCAGCUUUCCAUCACAACCCUAUUCUCCAAUUCGGAUCCUAAUCCUCGGUCCCGGAGCUCAAGAACAGGUAAACCCUAGAUUGAGGCAGUUCAUCCAGGACUCUCCUCCAAGGAUCAGAAACGACUGGCAUCUCAGUUUUCCCCAAAACGAGCCCGAUGAGCCUGGCCUAACUGAAAACGAGUUCAAAAAAGCCAUGAAGAAGCUCAGAAAGGGAGUAUACAACCCUACCCAUCCAAGAAAGAAGUCAUGGACCCAAGGCCUUUUCAGCACCAAGAGUGUCACGAAGAAGAAAAUAGAGGAAGAGAAGAGCGAAGGAAAGAGCUGUAAUGUUUGCCUUGAAGAUUUCGUGUUGAAUGAGCGAGUCCUGAUAACUCCAUGCAACCAUAUGUUCCAUAACGACUGCCUUGUCCCAUGGGUGAGAAGCCACGGGAAAUGUCCAGUUUGUAGGUUCUCACUCUGUGAACAGAGAGAGCGGGCAUUAGCGACGAAUAGAAGCUAUGAUAACGACAAUGGCAUUGUGAGGGGCGGUGUCGCAGAUGUGGAUCUUGUUUCUUUGAUAAGAGCCAUGGAGGAGGCUCUUAACUGGGUUCAUGUACCUCAGUAGUGGCUUUCCAUUUGACCAUUUUAGAGAAAAGAGGGCGUUUGAGCGUUUUAACUACGUGGACAUAUGAUAACCGAGUAUGUGUUUGCUUAUAAUACUUAUUUGCAGCAAUAAUGGACAUGGUAAAACGCUCAUAAUUCCCGAUGAACUCGCUAUCAGAUCUUGGUUGGGUAAUUUGUUUUUUAUUUUUUA